UGCUUAAUCGCAGCCAAACCCUUCUGUCUCUCGCUCUCCCAUCCCCAUUAACAAUAAAGCCUGUAUCCAGCCACCCUCCUUUCCUCUCUAUCUCUCUCUCGUUCCCCGGUCAGCAGGCAGGCAGGCAGGCCGGCGGGCGGGGGAUGAGGCCAGGCUGCAAGGCACGGACUAGGCCCGAGAAGAUGGCGUCGUGAGGCGGAGCCCGCUGGCCGCCUGUUCCGUGCUCUCCUCCUCCUCCCCUUCCUGCCCGCCCCCCCCCCUCCCCUCCCUCUUCCCCCGCCUCCUCCUUCCUCCACACCGAGCCUCUGCACCGAGACUGCCGCUUUCCAGCUCCCUGAACAUGGAGUGCCCCCACUUGGCGACCAGCGUCUGCAUCGUGCCGGAUUCCACCAAGUUCCCCAACGGGUCGCCGUCCUCCUGGUGUUGUGCCGUUUGUCGCUCCAACAAAAGUCCUUGGGUGUGUCUGAUGUGUUCAAGUGUUCACUGUGGAAGAUAUGUGAAUGGGCAUGCCAAGAAACACUAUGAAGAUUCCCAGAUUCAUUCCAACAAUGUCAAAAAAUCAGAAAAGCAUGAAAAGGAGAAGCUGCAGCAUGCAGUAUGUAUGGAUUGCAGCAGUUACAGCACCUACUGUUAUAGGUGCGAUGAUUUUGUGGUAAACGACACGAAGAUGGGUCUGGUGCAGAGAGUCCGAGAGCAUCUGCAGAACUUGGAGAAUUCAGCAUUUUCAGCAGACAGACACUGCAAAAGAAAGCUGAUGGAAAGUUCAUCCAUAAACAGCAAGUAUUUGAAGCUUAAUGGAGGAACCUCUGCCAUUUGUGCUACGGGGCUUCGCAAUCUCGGGAACACUUGUUUUAUGAAUGCCAUCCUCCAGUCCCUCAGUAACAUCCAGCAAUUCUGCUGCUAUUUCAAGGAGCUGCCUGCAGUGGAACUGCGUAGUGGUAAAACAGCAGGGAGAAGGACCUAUCACACCAGAAGCCAGGGCGACAAUAGUGUCAGUUCAUUAGUAGAAGAAUUCCGGAAAACACUCUGCGCCUUAUGGCAAGGAAGCCAGACCGCAUUCUGUCCUGAAUCUCUCUUCUAUGUCAUUUGGAAGAUCAUGCCAAAUUUCAGAGGAUAUCAACAGCAAGAUGCGCAUGAGUUUAUGCGAUACUUGUUAGACCAUCUUCACUUGGAGCUUCAGCGAAGCUACAAUGGGAUGACAACUUCAUUUAUUUUGCCAGACAGCUCGAGCAUCUCGUCUUCCAGUAAAUGCUGCAUAAAUGGUGUUUCUACAGUUGUCACAAACAUAUUUGGAGGAAUACUUCAAAAUGAAGUAAACUGUCUAAUAUGUGGAACUGAAUCUCGGAAAUUUGAUCCGUUCCUUGAUCUUUCAUUAGAUAUCCCAAGUCAGUUCAGAAACAAAAGAUCCAAAAACCAGGACAACGGACCAGUAUGUACUCUACGAGAUUGCCUACGAAGUUUCACAGACUUGGAGGAGCUGGAUGAAACCGAGCUGUACAUGUGCCAUAAGUGUAAAAAACGACAGAAGUCCACCAAAAAAUUUUGGAUUCAAAAGUUGCCAAAGGUGCUAUGCUUGCAUCUGAAAAGAUUUCAUUGGACAGCUUAUCUGCGGAACAAGAUAGAUACAUAUGUAGAGUUCCCUCUGCAGGCUCUAGAUAUGAAGUGCUUCUUAUUGGAGCCUGAGAACAGUGGUCCUGAGUGCUGUCUGUACGACCUGGCAGCAGUGGUGGUGCAUCAUGGUUCAGGAGUUGGUUCCGGUCAUUACACUGCGUAUGCAACCCACGAAGGUCGCUGGUUCCACUUCAAUGACAGUACUGUUACAUUGACUGAAGAAGAAACUGUAGUGAAGGCCAAGGCCUACAUCUUGUUCUAUGUGGAGCGCCAGACCAAAUCAGGACCGGGCACCAAACUUUAAUGCAACCUAACAUUUUUUUUAUAUGCCAGCGUUUCCCUGCAAAUACUGAAUUGAAAUGCGCACAAACAGUUCUACAUUUCCACAAGUACUUGAUAGUUCAAGACUUCUUUUCAUCUUGCACUUUUAAAUCGCUGAUGAGAAUUGUGUUCAUUGCACCAUUACCGCAAUGGUGGGCACCUGGUCCAGUUUUAGCCUGUCACAGAAUAUUUUGAAAUCUGUAGUGGUUGCUGUUAAUCAAGAACUUGGUAGCUCUGACAUUGAAAUUUGAUAUUUUAAAAUGGCUUCUUUAGUGUAAACUGUAGGGUAGCAUUGGUUGCCUCCAAGGUGCAUUUACAGCUGGGUUCAAGCAAACCUCUCGCAAAACAUCAUGAUUCGCGACUUCCAGAUUUAAUCAGCAUUCAGCUCGAGUUUCAGCAGUCAAAAUCUCUGGGAGAAUGAUUUGAGUAACUACACAAGACUAAUAAGCAACUGUGUGGGUCGGUUACUCGAGGGUUCUUUUUUAGCAGGCUGCUAUUAUUUUCUUUGCUCCUUCAAACAAGUACUGUGUAGACAUGGGCUUGAGUAUUAUCAGAUACGUAAAGUGUAAAUACACCUUGACUUUGCAGUGCUAUACCUUGUGCACUUGUAUCUGCCCAAGAAUUUUUUUUUAAUUGAAAAUCGAUCACUGUCUAAUUUUUGUUGCCAUUUUUCAUGCAACCAUUGUAAACACUGGUAACCCAGAGCAAAGGCAAACUGCUCCACACUUGCUUAUGUUGCACAAUUCAAUUUAUGUUUUUACAUUUUAGUUUGGGUAUUCAUCUUUGAUUUUUUUUUAAAGGCGUCAUUUUCCUGAUGCAUCGCUAGACACUAUUGAAUCUUUCAGAAAAACAAACGAGUUUUGUUUUAAAAAAAAUAAAAAAUGAUGGAGCAAAAAAUAAACGGAACUGAAAACAAAAUUGGACUCUGGUUUAUCCCAAUACUUUGCUGGGCAGAGUAGGGUUUCUGUUCAGCUGUCCGUAUCACUCGGUGGCGAUGGAUUGCUAAGGUUUAAUUAGAAACAGGCUGGGAAGAAAGGCUUGUAAUCUGCAGUUUUUACACGAUGAAGAGAAGUGAAAAAAGAUGCCAGGCUACAACAGAGGAGACUGGCAGAAUGGCGCAUCCGUAACACGCUUGUGUUCACAACUUGAAACCGUGGGCGACAGCUGCACACACGCAAAAUGGGUAUAUUUUCAUGCCAGAAUGAAGCCUUUUUUGUCAAAGGAACGUUAUCAUUAAUCCUGUUAUGGUGGCCUAAGUAGUGUUUUGGAACUGAAUGUUUAAAUUGCGUAAUGAUAUGAAGUGGUGUAUUUGCAUGUGGAUGUUGUGUAACAGGGCGGCAACAGUGGAAGCAGCAGCCAGCAGAAACGUUCAACACCAACCGGUCUUUUAAAUGUGAAAACACCCACUAAACUUGAAUCUGACUUUUAAAACUGUACAAACUUAUUUAAAUGUUAAUGUUUUUGGUUGCAAAAUAUGAACUGACAUCGUAAUAACAUGAGAUUUAUUCAGUUUCAACCCCACAACAAACCUGAUUGUAUAUGUACUACUAUGGCUGCUUAUAAUGGUAUGUAUAUUAGUAAAUGUUCAUGUAUUGUUUCACUGAUAGUAAAGUGCAAUGUUAAUGAUGCAAAACUUUGCAUUUUGUCUUCAAUUAUAAACCUUUUCAUAAACUCA